AUGAACAAAGCACUUCUGACAGUUCUAGUGGUGGCAAUAGUAGCUGGUGUAUUUGUAGAGCAAAGCAGCGCUCUGCUACGGGCCGGAAGGGACCGGAUCGAGAAGUUUCAACGUGAGCUGAACUCAUACAAACAGCAGGAGGCGGAAAUGAACCCACCUAUGGAAGUUUACUACCGGAGAAGUAAGAACGCUUUUAAAAGUUAGAUACAGUAAAAACCCGCGACUAAGAACCGGUAAGGUUAAAAUUGGCCAGUUAGGCCCCCUCCAUACAAUAACCAGUUUAGCCUAAGAUUUGAAACAGGUUCUUAUUUUUCUAAAAUCUAUAUAAAAAAAUUCUGUAUAUUUGGGCAAAUAAGAUAAGUCCUGACAUUCAGGCCUCUUUUGAGACAUAGUUGUCUUAUCAUUCCCACUGUAAUUGUAAUGGUAUACAGGUUUUACCUAAGGAAUGAGCUGAAUACCACUAAAUACUCUUAGCUGCAAUGUAUUUUUUCUUCACAAAAUAAGAACCUAUUUUAGAACCUAAAUAGCCUCAAUUUGUGCUAAUUACCAUGUAUGUCAUGUGUGUAGGCUAACUUGGAAAAAUGCAGGUUCUUAGUCGCGGGUUUUUACUGUAUUAGACUUUGAUCCUUUCCGCGCACCUUGUUAUCACGGACAGUUUGCUUUGUCCUUAGCGACAGCCCUUUCUUACAUUUUCUCUAAAUUCAACCCGCUUAACCGCUUAAACAACACCGCGUUAAUAAGGACACUUUCUAUGGACCCCUUAGUGUCAGUUGUAACGGGGUUUGACUGUAAAAGAUCUUUUUUUGUUGUUACGGAGCGCUACGUAGAACAUGAUAGAACAUAAAAGAACAAUACGUAGAACAUGAUAGGAGAAAAGUCAAGGGGUCACUUUCUGGUCUCUGGGUUAUCAUCUCAUUCAAACCCUUGACUGAAUUUUUUUCCUAGCCCAGUUGUAUAAAUAUUGAACUAGUUCUGAUAUUUAAAAUAUCGAGGAUAGCUUUUUAACGAAGUGGGACUACACUCUCACCCAACGAGGAUAAAGAAUUCUAAAAGAAACUUUAACUCUUUGAUAAAUCUGCAUUCUUCCCAGGAGAAUUUAGGGGAGAGUAGCAGUGCUGCAGAGUGGUUCUUGGGAAGCGCCAGGCUUAGACGAAGACCUAUCUAAGAGACCGAGAUACCAGUAGAGUCCCGAUUUUUCGAAUCUCCCGACAAAAAACAAUUAAAGUAGUUCCAAUUUUCCGGAGGUCCGAGAAACCAAUUUUUCACUCUUACUACUCUUUAUGAACUCGCUCCACAGAAACCGGGUUAAGUCUCGUUAAAGCUUGGGGGAAUUUACCGUAUAUCAGUUUGUCAAAAAAGAAGCACUUUUUUUUCGCUUUCUUUUCAGACAAGAUCGAAAGAUCCGAAGAGUAAAGAAUUUCAAAGAAGAUCGGGAGACAAUGUUACACAUAUUGAAAAAUCAUUCGUAGGUGUGGUCAACUCAAAAGUAUGGUACAACUGUCACUUAGUGGAGCUAAACUCUGAUACACUUGUAAUAUAGAGAAAAAUGCAGAAUAAAAUAUACUGAGUCGCCAUCAUAUGUAUUAUGCUUGUUUCAAUGCCUCCGGUUCUCCAGUUUUCAAGGGUUCCCAAUAGGGCUCAUUAACCUUGUCCUUCUGAACCAAAUUUUCGCUCAAUCAGGUAAUUCCGAGGGUAAUUGGCUGUUUUUAUACAAAGGAUGCAUUAUCCGUCUGGACGAACUUGGACAAACAUUUUGUAGUUCGUCUGGG